AUGGUCAACUCCUGUUGUGGUUCCAUCUGCUCUGACCAAGGCCGUGGUCAAGGCCCCUGCCAGGAGACCUGCUGCUGCGGCCCCAGCUGCUGCCAGACCACCUGCUGCAGGACCACCUGCUGCUGCCCUAGCUGCUGUGUGUCCAGCUGCUGUAGGCCCAGCUGCUGCAUUACUAGCUGCUGCCGCCCCUCUUGCUGUGGUUCCAGCUGCUCUGGUUCCACCUGCUGCUGCCGCCCCUCCUGCUGCAUCUCCAGCUGCUGCUGCCCUAGCUGCUGUGGAUCCAGCUGCUGUAGGCCCAGCUGCUGCAUUACUAGCUGCUGCUGCCCCCCUUGCUGUGGUUCCAGCUGCUCUGGUUCCACCUGCUGCUGCCGCCCCUCCUGCUGCAUCUCCAGCUGCUGUCGUCCUAGCUGCUGUGGAUCCAGCUGCAGUGGCUCCAGCUGCAGCUCCUGCUGCCCCCGCACCAGCUGCUGCCUGCGUCCGGCCUGUGGCCAAGUCUCCUGCCACACCAUCUGUUAUCACCCAACCUGUGUCAUCUCCACCUGCCCCCUCCCCAUGUGCUGUGCCUCCCCUGACUGCUGA